UAAAUCGUCGCUCUCAGCACUGCCAUUACCACUACCUCCAGAUCAACCUCACCGCUCCACUCGGGUCUUCGCCUCUUCGUUCUUCAUCUCACUUCCACUCACUCCUUUCGCCGCCAUGCCUCGCAAUCCGGGGGGACCACCUCCCACCGCCUCCCGCCCUCCCGGCGCCGUAGCUCGAGCCCAGCAGCCUGCUCCAGAGGGGGCUAUGCGCUCAGGUGCAGCCCGAGACGAUGAUGAGGGCGGUCGUGGGCGUCAGGUCUGGCGCUCCAAUGCGUCCGACGACGGCACAGAGGAUGCCAUUGGCCCCUUGCCCAAGUCCUCAUCCCCGUCAGGCGGCGCAGCCCCAGUAGCCCGUGGUGGAAGCGGUGCUGCGGACUCCAGCAGCAGAAGAAGCUCCUCGAGGGACUCGUCGCUCGCUCGUAGGCUGAGCGCGGGUCUCUCGGGGGUGAUCAGGGGAAGAAGUGCUAGUGGAGACCGAGAGUCAAGAAGUUUGAGCAGACAGAAUACGGAUGCGUCGACGAUUCUUUACACAGAGCGAGGACGGGAGCGAGGACGCGAUGCGCCCGUAGCUGCGACUGGACGUGGAGGAGCAGGCAAUAUGUUUCGCUCCCCCUCUCGAGGACGCCCCGCUGAGGAAAAGGGCGAGACGGCCGCGCAGCAAGCGUAUGCCGAGAAGCAGCACAUCGUCUCAUCUGGCCGUGGGGGGGUCGGCAAUGUCCGCAGCCCCAGUCGUGACCCCUUGGAGCGAUCUCGUGCGCAAGAGAUGGAGAAGCAGGAGCGAGAAAUCCAGGCGGCUGCACUCCGUAAUGAGGAGCACCACGCUCAUGCUGUUGGGCGUGGAGGCGUUGGCAACGUCAAGAGGGAGAGUUCUGCUGAUCGCAGGGGUAGAGACUCCAACGGUGGAUCGGUAAGUACGAGUGCGCAGCCAAGACAUCCAUCUCAUUCAAUGGAUUGACCAUCCUUGUCACACAAUCUCACGCGCAGGGCAUUCGCUCCAUGUCUCGCUCUCGUUCGCGCGAGCCCCGCAGCGGCUCUCGCCCUCGAGCUGCGGCUGCUGAUGGUGCCAAUGGCAAUCUUGGCGCAGUAGAU